CUCUUAAAGGUCUUUGAUUUUUGAUAGCAGAGGAAAAGGGAAAAUGCAUCUGAGCGAGAAUGAAGGGAUUGAAGGGAAUACCUUUGUGGUGACGGGUGGGUUGGGGUUCGUGGGUUCAGCUUUGUGCUUGGAGCUGGUGCGUAGAGGAGCUCGCCGAGUUCGCUCCUUUGACAACAAACCAACGUCUGCCUGGUCUGAUAAUCUCAAGAACCAUGGCGUCCAAUGCAUUCAAGGGGAUCUUGUGAACAAAAAUGAUGUUGAAAAGGCUCUUCGAGGUGCAGAUUGUGUUUUCCACCUGGCCUCAUAUGGCAUGUCAGGGAAAGAAAUGCUUCAGUUUGGUCAGGUUGAUCGUGUGAAUAUCAAUGGAACUUGGCAUGUCUUGGAAGCUUGCUUUGAACUGGGUAUCGGGAGGCUUGUUUAUGUGAGCACUUAUAAUGUAGUUUUUGGGGGAAAGGAAAUUGUGAAUGGCAACGAAGCCUUGAACUACUUCCCUAUUGAUGACAAUGAUCCUUAUGGACGAAGUAAAUCAAUUGCUGAACAGUUGGUUCUCAAGUACAAUGGCCGCCCCUUCAAGGAGAAUAAUGGGAAACAUCUCUAUACCUGUGCAGUUCGUCCAGCAGCUAUCUAUGGACCAGGUGAAGAGCGACACCUUCCAAGGAUAGUAUCUCUAGCAAAGCUAGGGUUGGUGCCAUUUAAAAUUGGAGCACCUAGUGUGAAAACAGACUGGGUUUAUGUUGAUAACCUGGUACUUGCUCUAAUAUUGGCAAGCAUGGGGCUACUUGAUGACAUUCCUGGGAAAGAGGGACGUCCAGUAGCAGCUGGCCAGGCGUACUUUAUAUCUGAUGGUUCUCCAAUCAACACAUUUGAAUUCAUCCAACCACUGCUUAGAAGUCUGGACUAUGACUUGCCAAAGUCAUGGUUAACUGUCCCCCAUGCUCUUUUACUGGGAAAGAUUUUCUGGGCCAUAUAUACAAUCUUGUAUCCAUGGUUGGAUCGAUGGUGGCUUCCCCAACCAUUUAUCCUUCCUGCUGAAGUAUAUAAGGUUGGUGUUACACACUACUUCUCAUUGCUUAAAGCUCAGCAGGAGCUUCACUAUGUUCCUAUGGUUAGCCCCCAUGAUGGCAUGGCUGCAACCAUCUCAUACUGGCAGGAAAGGAAAAGGAAAACUUUGGAUGGACCUACAAUAUAUGCAUGGUUAUUUGCUGUGAUCGGAAUGGUUCUAGUGUUAGCUGUUGCUUGGUUACCUGCCAUUGGACCUUUGUCCCUCGUUAAAGCAUUUGCUCUUCUCAUCUUCCGAUCAAUGUUAGUAUUAAGGAUAGUAUCUAUUCUUGCUACAGCAGCGCAUCUUUUUGAGGCUAUAUAUGCAUGGUUCCUGGCAAAACGGGUGGAUCCUGCUAAUGCAAGAGGUUGGUUUUGGCAGACUUUUGCUCUUGGCAUCUUUUCAUUGCGUUUUCUACUGAAGAGAGCGAAAGUGCAGAAGUGAGCACUUCUUUCAUGUGUUGUUGUAGUGCGUUGUGAUGCAAGACAAAUGAUACCAAUUUUUUAGUAAGACUCAUCGGAAGUGAAAAACUUCCCCAUAUCAUGAGACUGCAGAAGCCAGUCCAGGGUAACAAUAAACAGAAAUCGUUUGCAAUUUACAGAAGGCCAAGGGCACCAUUGCACCUUACACAUUUUUUCUUUAUGUGGUUAACAUCUUCAAUUAGUUUUUGUUUUGAUCAACACUCUUCAUUACUCAAAAUCUGUCAAAAUUUAGAAAUUAAUAGUCAAACCUUCU